AGGUGUCCCGAAACGACUCGUGUCCCGACCUGCCUGAGAUCCAGAACGGGUGGAAGACCACGUCCCACAUCGCUCUGGUUCGGGGGGCGCAGAUCACCUAUCAGUGCGACCCGGGAUACGACCUGGUGGGCCGAGAAACCCUCGCCUGCCAGCUGGACCUCUCCUGGAGCAACCAGCCGCCAUUCUGCGAAAAGAUCAUGUACUGCUCAGACCCGGGACACGUGGAGCACUCGACCCGCUCCCUCUCCGACCCCAAGCUCCUGGUGGGAACAACGAUUCAGUACAGCUGCACCGCCGGCUUCAUCCUGCAGGGCGGCGCCACCAUCAGCUGCUACGGCCGAGAGCCGGGGACCCCCGUGUGGACCGCCAAACUCCCCCACUGUGUUAGUGAGUAUCAGGAGAGAGGGUUGAA